CUUGAUGUCCGCCUCCCACGCGGAUUUAUGCAGCAGGCGUUGAACGUGCCAGGAUGGAGUCCCUGGACUUAAAUGCCAACUCGGAUCCGAGCACCCAGCCGGCAAGGAAAAGAAAGCCGAGACCAAAGUUAUCUUGUGUUCUCUGUCGUCAGAAGAAGAUUCGAUGUAAUCGGCUGCAGCCCUGUGGUAAUUGCGUCAAACACAGUAGAGCAUACAUGUGCCAGUUUACUGGCCCCCAGGGUUUAACAAGGAAGCAAUCUCAAGGUAUUCAAGACCAUCUUUGUGAGAUACAAUCUCGCAUUGAGCAAUUAUCUGCGAUCAAUGUACAGCCUCAACGGCUAGGUCUUGGACAAAGCUCUACCCACUUUGUUCCCAACACUUUACAACCGCAACCUAGAUCGAGCGCAGAACGCGAUCGAUCAGAACUGCAAAAAGAAUUCACUGGGAAUAUGGUGGUGGAUCAACACGGAACACAAUAUGUAGAUCCAACCCAUUGGCAGGCAGUUCUGAAUGAGAUUUCCGAGGUCAAGGAAUAUCUCCAAUUGACGGAAGACUCAUACUCCGAGGAAAAUCCCGACGAUGCAGGAAUCUCAGGUCCAGAACUUCUCCUUAGCAAUACGAUAUCUACCCCCAAAUCUGACCUCAUUGCCGCGUUGCCAACUCGACCAGUCGCAGACCGUUUGAUAUCUCUUUAUCUCAAUUCAAAAGAGUCUACACUUGUUCUCAUGCACAUUCCCACAUUCACAAAAGAGUACACUCAAUUUUGGAGGAAUCCCGAAGAUGUUUCCAUGAAUUGGCUGGCAUAUCUAUUCAGUAUUCUAAGCGCAGGGGCAGGGCUGCAGUUAUUUUCCACAUCAGGCCGAGCAGACGGUGAAAUCGCCGAGGCUUUUGCAGGAUAUCACCGAUUAGCAUCGGAAUGCCUUCAAAUGUCCAAUUAUACGUCACCAGGUCGAUACACCAUGGAAACUCUCAUUCUCAGCGUGGCAAUGGAGAUUCUCAGAAGUACAGAUAACCAUCUCGGCCCCUCCGUUCUCCUCAGCCUAACCACGAGGCUUGCUGUUCACGCCGGGUAUCACAGAGACUCCAAACGUUAUCCCAAGAUCUCCGUUUUUGACGGAGAAAUGCGUCGGCGGGUCUGGACGAUUCUUUCUCUGCUUGAUCAUUAUAUCUCGCUCCAAGCCGGUCUGCCGCCGACUACAGUACAGACACAAUCUGACACGGAGGAGCCCCUGAACUUGACAGAUGAAGACUUAGAUCCGGCAGCGACAGCGCUGCCCCCAGCAAGACCUUUGACUGAGAAAACUGCUAUCCUCUUCCCAGUCGCCCUGAAUAGAGUCAUGUUUGCGGACGCCGAGAUUAUCCGCAAAGUCUGUUCCAUUAAGGGUGUCCACUAUCAAGAAGUGCUUCGCUUAGACAGAAAGCUCAAAGAACUUCACGCAUCCAUGCCUCCUCCUUUGAAAUUCCGACCCUUGAGCGAAUCUAUUGCAGACUCACCAAACACAAUUAUGGACCGCUACAAUAUCGAUCUCAUGUACCAGAAGGCCCGCUGUGACCUACAUCGUCGGUAUCUCGCACAGCACCGUCUAGAUCCCGCAUACGCAUAUUCUCGACGGGACUGUUUAGAUGCUGCUAGGGCCAUACUCCAACAUCAGUCUGAUAUCUUUGAUGCGAGCACCUCUGGUGGCCAAUUGGGCUAUACUUCAUUCUUCUUCUCGCCAAUUGUCGCAGUGCAUUUCCGCUCCGCUGCCAUGAUUAUUUCCUUAGAGAUUUCCUGUCAGUCUCGCUAUGAUCUGAAACAGAAUCUGUCGCCCGACCAACGCAAAGUAAUUUUGGGGGAGCGAGUGCAGCUUUCUCAAGAAAUAGAAAGAGCAUACAAUAUCUGGGAUCAUUUACGCUGUCAAUCCAAGGAGGCGACCAAGACAGCCGACGCUCUUCAUAUCAUGCUCAAGGUCACGAACAACCACUUGCAGCACGGCGCAACGCCUGAGCAAGUACAGCCUUUGAGUCCACCCACCGAUUUACCAGCCACAAGCGACGCACCAGGUUACGCAAAUUCACUUCUCUCGACACCUGUAAUGCUCGAUUAUCGACUCCCUUCAUCAGUUCUGGAUAACGAACCCAGUCCAUUAGAUGUUGACUUGAUGGAUGCCACAUUUUACCUGGGACAAGAUUCCAUACCCAGUACCAGUUUUACGCAAUUUGCAGGCUCGAACGGCGUUGUCGACUUUUAUGAAAAAUAUUGGGAUAACCUGAUGCUUCUGGGAGGAGAUCAGUCAUUCUCAGAGGCACCUCCUCCAGGUGGUACAGAUCAGGGGCUACAGUAGAUGCUACCAUAGGUCUUGUACGUCUAGCCUCGUGGAAGUUGGAUUUGUAUUUUGGGGUGCAUUAAUUCAUGAAUAAUGAUAUCUCAUAUUCACUAAUUAUUUU